UAAACUGAGGCUGCGCCCCUUGCGCGGCCGCCAUGUUGACUGGCCUCGGCCGCUUAAUGGUGCGGUUCGCUGGCAGCAGGGUGUCAAGUGUCUGUGUGAAGUGGCGGCGGCAGCAGCACGGCGGGCCCGGAGCUACCUCACCAGGAGGAGGACCGCCCGGGAGAGGAGACUGUCUACAGCGGGAAAAGGAUAAAUAUGACCUGUCUGAAUUUCCUGUAGAAAAUAUUAGGAAUUUCAGCAUCAUAGCGCAUGUAGACCAUGGGAAAAGUACACUAGCAGAUAGACUCCUGGAGAUAACAGGGGCAAUUGUCAAAACUGAACGCAACAAGCAAGUACUAGAUAAACUUCAAGUGGAGCGAGAACGAGGUAUCACUGUGAAAGCACAGACAGCAACUCUCUUUUACCAUCAUGCAGGAAGGACUUAUCUAUUAAACCUCAUUGAUACACCAGGUCAUGUGGAUUUCAGCUAUGAAGUUUCUCGAUCAUUGUCUGCUUGUCAGGGUGUACUGCUGAUAGUGGAUGCCAAUGAGGGUAUUCAAGCCCAGACUGUGGCAAACUUCUUUCUUGCCUUUGAAUCCCAGCUAAUGAUAAUUCCAGUGAUAAACAAGAUUGACCUCAAGCAUGCUGAACCUGACAGAGUUGCAAAACAGAUUGAAAAGAUCUUUGAUAUUCCUACAGAGGAAUGCAUUCAGAUUUCAGCCAAACUAGGAACAAACGUAGACCAAGUUUUGGAAAAAGUUGUUGAAAAAAUUCCUCCGCCACGUGCACACCUUUCAGAUCCACUGCGAGCUUUGGUAUUCGACUCCACUUAUGACCACUACAGAGGAGUCAUAGCCAGUAUUGCACUUUUUGAUGGAUGGGUGCAAAAGGGGGACAAAAUAAUGUCCUCAUAUACAAAGAAGAUGUAUGAAGUUAAUGAAGUUGGAAUCCUGAGGCCUGACCAAUAUCCAGUGGAAAAACUAUAUGCUGGACAAGUGGGUUAUCUAGUGGCUGGAAUGAAGGAAGUGAAGGAGGCACAGAUUGGAGACACUUUUCAUUUACAGAAACAGUCUGUGGAACCACUAGCAGGGUUCAAACCUGCUAAACCAAUGGUCUUUGCAGGAAUGUACCCUGUUGACCAAUCUGAAUAUACCAACUUAAGGAAAGCAGUGGAGAAGCUAACGCUGAAUGACUCCAGUGUGACAGUUCAUCGGGACAGCAGCCCAGCCCUGGGAGCUGGCUGGAGGUUGGGUUUUCUAGGACUUCUGCACAUGGAAGUAUUUAAUCAGCGCUUGGAACAAGAGUAUAAUGCAUCAGUCAUUCUUACUGCUCCUACUGUUCCAUACAAGGCGAUUCUGUCAUCCAGCAAGUUAAUCAAGGAAUACGGAGAAGAAGAAAUUACAAUUUUAAAUCCAUGCCAUUUUCCUGAUAGAUUACAAGUUAAAGAGUAUUUGGAGCCAGUAGUCACUGGCACUAUCCUCAGCCCUGAUGAUUACAUUGGAAAAAUAAUAUCUCUGUGUCAGAGUCGGAGAGGAGUUCAGAGGAAUAUGGUUUACAUCGAUGAUCACAGGCUUAUGAUGCAAUACCUUUUUCCAUUAAAUGAAAUUGUGGUGGACUUCUACGACAGUCUAAAAUCUCUUUCUUCAGGAUAUGCCAGUUUUGACUAUGAAGAUGCAGGAUACCAAGUGGCUGACCUGAUUAAAAUGGAUAUUUACCUCAAUGGAAAGUUAGUGGAGGAACUUGCAACAAUUGUGCACAGGGAGAAGGCUUAUUCUACUGGUAAAGCAAUAGCAGAACGUUUAAAAGACACAAUACCUCAGCAACUUUUUGAGAUUGCCAUCCAGGCAGCGAUAGGCAACAAGAUCAUAGCAAGAGAAACUAUUAAAGCAGUGAGGAAAAAUGUAUUGGCAAAAUGUUACGGUGGGGACAUAACUCGCAAAAUGAAGCUUCUGAAGAGGCAAGCUGAAGGAAAGAGAAGAAUGAGGAAAAUUGGCAAUGUGGAAAUACCAAAGGAUGCUUUCAUAAAUGUACUCAAGAGACAAAAGGACAAAUAGAGUAAAAUGUAAAUAGAAAAUCCAUUCCUUUUACUUUAACCUGGUUAUUUAUCUCAUUGCUGUAUGUGAGAUGUCACAUGUAGAAAGCUAAUAUCAUCAGUCACUACACUUAAAAGAAAAACGAUUUUGGAAUAUUUUGACAUGCUAUGGUGUAUAUAAAUGCAAGUAAUAUCACUGUGUGAUAUUUCUAGAAAAAUGCAGUCUCCAUGAUAACUAUCUGUGGACAGUGUAACUGGAAGUGAUGUCCCACUAGAUUAUGCAUUUACUAACUUGCAGUACCAGCUCUUGAUUUGACUCAUUACUGGAAGCCUCUAAUGUUAAUGGCCAUUGGGCUCAGUGAAUUAUUUUAAAUCAUUGUCCACAAAACCAAUGUUGUAAAAUUAUAUUGUAUGACUCAAUCUUAAUUACCUGAGGGUGACUUUUUCAAAAAUAUUUAUUUUUGCUGUAAUGUAUCUGUCAAAUGAAUUAAAUUCAAAUAGCGAUGUAUUGUUUCAAUAAACAAUUGUAACCUGUA